CUCAAAUCACGAGGUUUUAGAUAGCUAAUCCGAUCCUCUUAAGAAAAACUCGAUUCCUUUAUCAAGCGGAGGGAAGUGCUAUUUGAUACCUUUAAUAUUCAUGAUUAUCUACAAUAAGAGGAUUUCUGGGAUUUUCCAAAUCCAAAAUAAAAUUGAUAAAUGAAAGUAAGGAAUGAAUAGAUAAAAGAAUGAUGAAUAUUGAAGCACAACAUUUUCAGUGGAAAACAUAUGAUAUUCUCAAAAUUCGAGAUUACAUAUAUUUAGAGUUUGUAGUUCAUAAGUUAUUACGAUUUCCGAAAUUUUACGAGUACAUUUAUCCAAAUUUUGCUUUUUUCAACAUACAGUUUAGUUAAAAGUAUUAGAGUGUUAUCAUGAAAUACUAUUUUGAAUAUUCUGUCGAGAAUUGUUGAUGAAACGGAACAUCACAUGACUUGUUUACGUUCGCAUCGGUACACAAACGUUGAAUAUUUUUAAGGAAAAAUUUGCCGUUUACUUGUGUCAGCAGAUGAUGGCGAGCUCAACUAGAAUGGUGGCUAAGCAUUUGGCCUCAGUUGCUAUGAGGCUUCCUCCUCUGCCGUCCACGAGUGAUCUUGUCAGGCUCUACAAAUUGCGAGCCAUUAAGCAGCUCAGUCAGAACUUCCUGAUGGAUGCCAAAUUAACCAGCAAAAUAGUAAGAAGUGGUGGUCGCGUGAGACACUGCCAUGUGUGUGAGGUUGGGCCUGGGCCAGGAAGCAUCACACGUAGCAUACUUGAACAGGGAGCAGAACACUUAACUGUUAUAGAAAAAGAUCCACGAUUCUUGCCCUUGUUGGAAUUGUUACAGGAUGCAUGUGGUAAGAGACUAGACAUUCAGCUGGGAGAUGUCAUGACAUACAAUAUGGAAAAAUUGUUCCCAGAGGAUUUAGCACAGCCUUGGGAAGGUCAGCUUCCCAAGAUUCAUCUCAUUGGUAAUUUACCCUUCAACAUUGCAACCCCUCUAAUCAUCAGAUGGCUAAAGGACAUUAGCUUACAGCAAAAUGCUUGGAGAUAUGGACGUGUGCGGAUGACACUCACUUUCCAGCGUGAAGUGGCGGAGCGCAUGAUAGCUCUUCCAGGUGGCUUACAAAGAUGUCGUCUUUCAAUCAUGUGUCAAAAUUGGUGUACCGUGAAUCAUAAAUUUACAAUUCCUGGCAGAGCUUUUGUUCCAAAGCCUGAUGUAGAUGUGGGUGUUGUUCAUUUUGUUCCCCGUAUUGAGCCACAGAUUCCUCUAGAUUUUUGGUUAGUGGAGAAGGUAGUUCGUUGCAUUUUCUCAUUUCGUCAGAAACACUCAAAAAAAGGAGCUGGCUUGCUGUUUCCACUGUCCCAUCGAGAUGAAAUGGUGAAAAAGAUGUUCACAGUUGGUGAGGUUGAUCCAACCCUAAAGUCGUUUGAGCUCACAGUCCCUGAAUUUAACAGACUCUGCCAUGCAUAUGCUGCAAUAAUUGAACAGAUGCCUGCACUGGCUAGAUUCAAUGCAAGGGAACAAAAGUCAUCCAUCUGUAACUUUGAUGAUCUUUUAGACUGUGAAACACAGACAACAUGAGAAAUAGAUUCAUAUGUUGUUCCAUGUCUACAAAUUCUUAAUGAAGUAAUUGUAUGAUAUAAGGACUUUGACAUAAUAAUGUUUCCUAGUCAAAUUAUAUGAUCUGUGAUUUGUGUGUAUAUAUUGUUAUUUUCUAAAUAAAUUGAGAACAAGAGAACACA